AUGUCACAGGAGCAUGACAGCAAGCGUGCAGUCCUGGUUUCAGGCUAUGGUGGCCAGCGUCGCUCCUUCACCACAGAGGAUGAAGCCUGGAAAUCAUUUCUGGAGAACCCACUGACAGCAGCCACAAAGGCCAUGAUGAGCAUCAAUGGAGACGAGGACAGUGCUGCAGCUCUCGGCCUGCUCUACGACUACUACAAGGUGCCCAGGGAGAAGAGAACAAUAGGCCAGAACAAGCCAGACGUACUGGUCUCUGAUGUGGAUCCCAACAAAAGGUAAGCAGGACACUCUCUAGCUCCUCUCCAGGAAGCCGGUAUGGAGAACAGGAUCCAGGUCCUCAAGGGGCCCUUCAAUAUUCUUCAGCUGGCCCAGGACAAGAGGGCCCAAUUCGCUUCACCAGACACGACCGUCACAGUUUCCAUUGCCACCCUGCCAAACUACACCCCCAUCAAGACAGAGGUGCCCACCCACGGCUUCUCAGUGACCGUGCCAAACAACUGCGCUGAAACUGACAGUCAUGUGAAUGUCUUUGACCGGCAGCUCACCCACAACUCGGUCCAGUUCAGCCCCAGCACCCAGUCCCGAACGCCCCCCGACUCCACCUUCACAGAGAGUUAUAAGGACGGUUCCCAGGAGGUGUUUGCCUUCCCAGGGGAUCUCCAGUUACGUAUGGCCUCCAUGGCACCUGAGGACUACACUCAUUUUGACACCAUGUCGGGAGGUAAUUUCGAGUACACCCUUGAAGCGUCCAAGUCUCUGCGUCAGAAGACAGGUGAUGGGACGAUGACGUACCUCAACAAGGGCCAGUUUUACCCAAUCACACUCAGGGAGAUUGACAACAAAGGCAUGCAGCAACCCAUCACCAAAGUCAGGAGUGUAGUGAUGGUGGUGUUUGGAGAGGAGAAGUGCAGAGAUGAUCAGCUGAAACACUGGAAGUACUGGCACUCCAGACAGCACACUGCCAAGCAGAGGUGUCUUGACAUUGCUGAUUACAAGGAGAGCUUCAACACCAUUGGCAACAUCGAGGAGAUUUCCUACAACGCCAUAUCCUUCACCUGGGACACCAACGAGGAGGCUAAAAUCUUCAUCUCGGUCAACUGUCUGAGCACAGACUUCUCCUCUCAGAAGGGUGUGAAGGGCCUUCCCCUCAACCUGCAGAUCGACACCUACAGCUAUAACAACCGUAGCAACAAGCCCAUCCAUCGCGCCUACUGCCAGAUCAAAGUCUUCUGUGACAAGGGGGCUGAGAGGAAGAUCCGAGAUGAGGAGAGGAAACAGUCCCGUCGGAAAGCAGUUGUGGAUGUCAAAGUCCCUAUGCUCCAGAAACGCAACGAUGUGACCAUCUUCAAGAUGAUGACUGACAUGGAGACCCAGCCUGUCCUUUUCAUACCCGACGUUCACUUCUCUACAUUCCAGCGUCAUCCUUUCCCAGCAGAAGAUGGAGAGGAGAACUCGGGUAUGAAGAGAUUACCCUUCAAUGAUGAAGAGUUUGGUUCUCCCCCCAACAAGAUGCAGAGAGUGGAUGAGCCAAAGAAAGUCCUGCUGUACGUGCGCAAAGAGACAGAGGAGGUGUUUGAUGCCGUCAUGCUGAAGAAUCCCACACUCAAAGGCCUGGUGGAAGCUAUUUCCGAGAAGUAUGAAUUGCCUUUGGACAAGGUUGGAAAGGUCUAUAAGAAAUGCAAGAAAGGGAUUCUGGUCCACAUGGACGACAACAUCAUCAAACACUACUCUAACGAAGACACCUUCCAGAUCUCCAUGGAGAUGCUUGGUGGCAUGUACAAACUCACCCUCACUGAAAUCUGAUUGGACAGGGGCAUGUGACCUCACCCAGAACAGAGGGAUGGAGGAUGAAUGAAAUGGAGCCGUCAGGAGUAGUGGUUUACAUGUUAUGCUAUCUUAAAUCAUGUUGUCUCUAUGCUGUAACAAACAGAAAAUUCCCACAAGAGGUAUUUAA